CCAAACGUUAUGGCUAACGUGGAGCUGAGAUGCAUUAUCAUCUUACUGCUGCUGUUCCAUAUCUCUGGAAUAUCAAGUAACAAGCCUGGCUCCACCAAGACUAAAAAAUGUGUAUGUCAAAAUAAUUCAUCUGGCAAUAAAUGUAGAAAAGAAAGCAAAAAGGCAUUGAUUGAUUGCUGUAAAAAACAAAAGGAGAAAAUAAAUGAUUGCAUAAAUGAAAAUCUGAAGACUGAGAAUUUCAUAGGAGCAAAGAAAACACAAAAGAGAGACAAAAUAACUUCUACUGAGCUGGCAUUACCCUCAAAAAAUAGUAAAAAGGAUGAAAACGAUGAUGUUUUUGUGCAAAUUCCUGAAGAAGCCCUGCUGGUAGCCCUUGGGAAUAAUAAAGAGGUCAACUACAGCAUCUUUAAACUUCCAGGAUCCCUGUUCCCGGUGCAAGGGGCAAACACCUCGCUCCUGAAUGAUCACGUCGUGUCCAUCGAUUUAGGAAAGGAGAUCUCUGGCCUCGCAAGCAAGGUUAACAUCACUUUUUACCACCAAAACGCGUCACUGGAAAAUGCUACAUGUGUUUUUUAUGAUAGUGUGGAAGAUAACAAUGGCUCAAGACCAUUCUGGAAUUCAGCCGGAUGCACCUCUACACAAGAUGUUGGGCAGGUUGGGUGCUCCUGUGAUCAUCUGUCCUUUUUCGCUGUGCUGCUGAGUCCAUUCUACCAAAACGACGCACCCGAGUCGGGCAAUGGUACCCAGAACCUCGGCCAGGUAUCCCCGCUGCUGAGCUCCGCCUCGGUCUGGCGCCUGAGGCUCCUGUCCCAAAUUGGGCGUGGGGUGUCUGUCUGCUUCCUGGCUCUGGUCCUCAUCUUCCAUGCAGUGUACAGGCGGAAUAAUUCUGAGCCUUCUCUCAGCAUCCACAUUCACCUGUGUGUGGCGCUGCUGGGCCUAAACCUGACCUUCCUCAUCAACGAAAGCCUGGCCAACUGGAACAUCCACGCACUCUGCAUCUUCAUCGCCGCGGCAACCCACUACACCCUCCUCUGCACCUUCGCCUGGUUUGCCAUAGAGGGCUUCCACCUCUACCGGCUCGUCAUUCGCGUCUUCAACAUCUACAUCAAGCGAUACCUCCUCAAGCUCGCUCUGGUGGGCUGGGGCUUACCAGCAGUGGCUGUCAUUUCAAUCCUGAGCACCGGCAAAUAUGGCCGAUACAACAUUUACAAGCUCGAUGGCGGCCCAGACACAAUGUGUUACCUGACUGACUCGGUGCUGACCAUCCUCAACUACGGCCUCUUUGUCCUGGUGUUCCUGGCGAACCUGCUGGUGUGGUUGGUGGUGACCGUGCAGGUCGUCCGCGCGCGGAAGCUCAGCCCCGCCCUGCAGGAGAGGAGCAUCACCCCCCGGGACAUUUUCAGCCUGCUGGGGGUGUCCUGGCUCCUGGGGGUGACCUGGGGGGUGCUGCUCUUCCAGUUCGGCCCGCUGAAGGAAGCCGCCAUCUACAUAUUCUGCAUCUUUAACUCCCUCCAUGGCCUCUUUACAUCCGUGCGCUAUUUUACCCUCAACCGUCGACCGAAGGAAUCGCCGGGGACGACGACCGCCACGACCGCCACAACCGACAUGGCCGCCACGGCAUCCACAGUAGCCGCCUUCACAGACCCGUCUUGAGUUUCCUCCCUUACGGAAACGGAAUGCACUGAAAAUAUAUUAUCGAGACAAUGCGACCCUUCCCAGAGUAUGGCCAAGUAUGCAAGCCUUUCAGAUUCUGCCAUACAUCUUUUUUUUUUUUUUUUUUUUUUUACAAAAUACACAUAUCAUUAUGUUACAUUACA